GUGUCUGUGUGUCAACUUUCUUCAUUUCUUCUUGUCCUUCUGUUACUUACUACCAUAAUAUCUCACUCAUCAACCGCUACUUCAACCGCAACUGCUGCAACAUUUUCUCAUUGCACUGAAUUUCAUUUAAAAAAUCAGCAAAAUUCAAGAACAUAAGAGAGCCCCACAGAAGAAGAGGAAACGAAAAUGUUUCCAACAUUUUGCCGAAUCACAGGGCACUCUCGAGGUUUGCCAAAAACCAACUACUGUCCGCUUCUGCCCCCAAUUAGUCCAAAGGAUGCAAAACGGUUCAUAUCCGGGUGUAGAAUUACAUGCAAUUUUAACCCAGACCAUCAUUACAUUCCCAUUACCAAGUUGAUUGAAGAGUCAGUGAUCAAGUGCAGAAUAACAGAAAAGUCAGUGUACGAUUAUAAAUACUUUCUUCAACCCAAUUUUGGAGAUUGUGCUCCUCCACACUCUCAGAAUCACCAUGCAACUCAAGGGAAAGCCAGCAAUGGGUCGAAUCGCAAUGACAUUAAUAAUGACACCACCACCACGGAUCACUUUUACUACGAGUUGGACAACAAGAUAUUGGUGCUACCAAAAAGUGUUGAGCAGGAAUUAAAUCGUGGAGUUAUUAAAGAUGUGCAAAUAUCGGAGGAUAAUAAUAAAAUCGGAUUCCGCUACAUCAAUACGAUUAAAGAAUAUGAUUUGAUAAUCGAGUCUACAGAUAAAUUGCCCGAGCUCAGCCUCGUCCUCUUUAAGGGGAAAGGACUGAAACGAAAUAUGAGGAAAAAACGAAAAAAGUCUCUCCUCUUGGGCGACUUAAAGGCCAUAUUUGAACGAAAAGAACAGUUGGCUGAAAUUGCAGAGAAACAGGCAAUGGAGAAAAUACAACCGGAUGUUACCAAAGUUGAGUUGGUAAAAUCCAAGAUAAUUCAUAGCAAGGCCCCAAUAUUUGGCUACAUGGAUCACAAUAACAAAUUCACAGAAAUCACAGGAGAGGAGGAAGUUCCAAAACAUGCUGUAAAAGGGCAAAAAGAAGGCGGAGUAUUUACUGCAGGCGAGAGUUUUAACGAAGUUUUUGUUCCCGGAAAGCGAUUGGAUGGCCACCGGUUUACACCUGGCAUUAUGAAGGAUGGCGAAUUUGUCAGUGGAAUCUACAUUGAGAAAGAAGGGAAAAAGAAAUUCAUUCCUGGGAAAAUGGAAAAUGGUAAUUUUACUGCUGGACAGAUGAUUAAAAACAGGGAUGGAUCAAGCUUAUUUGUACCUGGGCAAGUUAUGACGAUAGAAAAUGUUAAAAAGUUCGUGCCUGGUUUGCUAAUUGAGCAUUUGGAGAAAAACAAUGAACUAGAAUUUAAGUUCCUACCCGGCCAUGUGGAAGAGGUUAACAAUAGUCUGAUUUUCAAGGCCGGUGAGCUAAUUGAGACGUAUGAAGGGUUAAAGUUUAUCUGUGAGGUGGAAAAGGAUUCCUUUGAAAUUCAGACCUUUGACAGCACGUUCGAUUUCGACUAUGACGAUGUUAAGGCUGCAGCAGCAGUUUGUGAUAGUUUACACGAUUUUGCUCGACACGAGUUUACACCCUCUUCGGCGGAUUUACAAGAGGGUGACACGAGGUCUAUUUGUACCACUCUGUCUGGAGGUGUGUUAACAAAUGCCAAUUCCAGCAGAAAAGCUUCGGUAGACAUUUUGGAAGCUGCUCCCACUUUUGGAGACAACAAGACAGGGGAGGAAACCAUUGUAAUGUACGGGUUGGAAGUAGUGGGUGAUGAAGAUAACGUCGAAUGUGCUACCCCUGUACCGCAGUCUGCAGACUUUGUGAAUGUGACAAGUGAGUCCGUUGUUGAAAAAGUAAUGGAGAAGGCGGCUGGCAUAAUCAAGCAGAUUUGUUUGGAGAUGAACCUUUCUGCUAAAGAGACAGCCGGUGCUGUACAAAAAGUUCUCCAGGCUCUGAAACAACAGGAAGCAGAACUCAUGUUCAAUGUCCCUCAUUCUUCUUCUUCUACUUCUGAUGAGAUGGAAAUAGACUUGCCAGACACCUCAACAGCAGCAGCAGCAGCAGCUUUUUCUACUUCUUCAUCCGCUACAGAUCUCGUUUUUGAAAAAGUUACGCAGAAAUUCGCUUCCGUAAUCCAGCCAGUAUUUGCUCAACUCCAAACUAAAUCCAGAAACCUCAAAUUAUGCUUUCCGGAAGAAAUUGUGGCCAAAGUUUUAAAAGAGCUUGUUGCUCAAGAAAUAGUCGAGUCACUCAUCCAUCAAUCCCAAGUGUCGAAAAAAGUGAGCAUAAAUUUUGAUAAGGUAAAGAAAACAGCUCCUGGUCUGAUUCAACAAGUUUUUACUAAAAUGGCAACCAACGGCAGCAGCAGCAUCAGCAGUGAUGAUCCUCCCGAUGCUAUUCUCGUAGCAGUGGAGAAGGUCAUAUUGGAAGUUAUCAAAGAAAACGGGCUUCAAUCUCCCCUAAUUAUGACGAGUGGGUUAAUGGAAGCUCAACUAAAAAGCUCUUUGGUAGUUUCCACCCUCCAAACUUCUCAAAAAGCAAAACAGGAUCUAAUCAUACAAAAAUUGUGCUCACAGUUAAAACUAAAAACUUCAUCUCAAGAAAUGUCAGUCAUAGUGGAGAAAGUGCUACAAGAAUUUUCAGAUCCGCAACUUUUACGUUUAAUUUGUGAUGAAAUUGUGAAUGAAAAUGGCGAAAGCCACGCCAAAAAUCAUGUGAGUCAGUCAAAGUCGAAAAAAGGUGAAAAAUGUGAUUUGUUGAAGGAGUCUGCCUCUUCGGGGAAAGUGCUCGAGGACUGCAAAAAGUUGUUGGUUGAAGGCUACCAUCACGAGGACAUCAUGGGUGAAAGUGAAAUCAGAGCAGCCGAUAUGCUGAAAGACCACGUGGAAAGUCAACUCACCCGUGAUUUCAAUGAGGCCCUGCUGGAAGAGGCAUUGCACUUGGCCCAAGUCAUGGGCAAGCUGGACGUGGUCAAAGAGUUGGAAGCCCUUCUUCAAGAUGACAUCGACUAUGAAACCGUCGUCAAUGAUGCGCAAGUUUUGUUCAUUUUGAGACAGCUUGUCAUCCUAAAAAAGUUGAUGGCUGCCAAAAAGAGCUCAUCAAACCCUGCGAGUGCAUCUUCAUCGUUACGAGUGAAUGGGGCUUCUGGAGAAAGUGGAAAAAUAGAUUUAAAGUUAAAUCAAGAGCUAAUUCGUGACGCACAAAUUCUUACCGAGUAUGUUUUCGCACAAGAAGAACGGGAAAGGUUUUACACUCCUCCGUGUGAUGAAGAGGUCAAGGCGAUCGACCACGUCGCCACCUGUGUGACCACUGCCACGGUAGAAAACCACUCCCAGAUGGAGAAAACUGGAGUUUCCGUCUAUACGGAAGAGUCAUCUUCAUUUUUCUCUUCCGCACAAGGAACUGGAACUACUCACUCAAAGCGCGCCCGAUUAACGACAGCAGAUGAACCAGAUUUUGACGAAAUGAUGGAUUUGGAGCCAAUUGAACUACUGGACAAUAGUUUUGCCCGUCAUAAGAUUGAAAUGUCGCGAUCGAGAAAACCAGAGAACCAGAAAAAAUCAAAAAUUUCUCUGAAAUCUGCCGACGAGCUACAGACAACGACUUCAGAACAACUGGCGCUUAUAAAUAGAGAAGCGACCUUACGUGAGCUGGUGGAAACGGAGGAAGAAUUCGUUCGAGACUUGAGUUAUGUGAUCGACAACUACUACAAAGCACUUGGCUCGGGAAACAAGUUGGCCAAGUACAGAGAUCUCUUUGGCUCUCUCAAGCCAAUUUUCGAGUUUCACCAAGGGAUCCUGCUGGAAGGCUUCCGCUACUACAUGAGCGAGCCACGAAUGAUUGGUAGAACAUUUCUGCGCCUCGAAAGAUAUUUUGACCAUCACGCUGAAUACAUCAGUGAAGAGGAGCCUAGCGCCCAGGCGUUGCUGAGAGAUGAUUUGGAAAUCUCUGAAUAUUUUGAGGAACUCACCCUCAGUUUGGGGGAUGAAAAAUCCUUAAGUGACCAUUUGAAACUUCCCCUUCAACGGAUCAAUGAUUACCAACUAAUCUUGCAAGAUCUUAUCGACAUUCAAAGGAUUCUCAAAGAGGACACUCUCGAUCUCGAGAAAGCGUUGGAUCUGCUUUUAUCAAUCCCACAAAAAAUACACGACAAGACAUUUCUGAGCAAUAUCGAAGGAUUCGGAUUUCAUGGGAAUGUUUUUCACCUUGGACGACUACUACGGCAUGACUGGUUCACUGUAACCCGACAAGACGUCGACGAAGUGAAACAACGAUACGUAUUUUUGUUCAAAAACAGAAUUUUGGUGACCAAAGUUAGAAAGAUAUCUGAAGAAAGGUCUGUUUUCAUUCUUAAGGACAUUAUCAAGUUGCCAGAAUAUACGUUAGAACAAGUGAACGAGAAAAAAUUUAUUUUGAGAGGACUACCUCGAGUCUAUAUUUUUGAAAGUCCAUCAGAAGAAAUUGUAACCGAAUGGUCAGAGAUUGUCCAACAAAGCCUGCAACCUGAUAUCGCUGUUGCACAGAGAACCGAAGAAAAUAUCCGACAAUUGAAACGAGAAGGAAGUCUCCGUAGGUCAAGUAGGCAAGCGUCUCUUCCACCACGAAGAACUUCUGGUGCUGAACCUCCAUUACCAUCAUCUCAAGAUUCGUCCUCAAGAAAAGACAGCGAGCCCACGGUCAGAGGGGUGACUAUCCAAGAAAUUAGUUUACAAGAGGCCGAGACUCUUGAAAAAGAUUCAAGUGUAAUCAAAACAACACCCAUUCGUACAUCCACGCAAGAAAAGGACGAAGCACUUUCGGGAAAAGCUAGAGUAGAAACUGAAAGUGGCGUGCCUUCGAAAAUAGGAAAUAGACAAAUACCAAUCUCGGUUGAACAAAGUGAUCUUGUAAGUACACCUGUGAAAGAAAGUGCUCAAGAAGUGAACAAAUCUAGUGAAAGUAGUAAGUUGCAUAAAAAAGAAUUAGCAAAACAAGACACAUUAUCUGUGCAAAAAGGAGGAGAUCAAAUAAGCGUAACGAGUGCUUUAGAUGUAUCGACUGAAUCAUUAGUUGCAGAUUCAAGUACAACAAUAUCAAACACUUUUGCAAGAGCUGACGUCCUCCCUGAACAAACAUUGGCAAAAGAGCGUCAACAAGUUGGAAAAGAAUCCGAAGGAGUGAAACGACCAAGUGGUGAAAGUCAAAUUACUGAGUUAGAACCAUUAACAGGAGAAGGAGAAAGUGUAGCCGAGAAAAAUAAAGCGACAAAACAAUCGUCUGUUAAAACAGACAAGAAGUCUGAAAUCAAAAAACAAGAAUCCUUGACUCAGAAAGUCAGUGAAACAAGUUUGGGAAGCCAAAGUGGCGUGAUAAGCAACGAGCCUACACAUCCAAAGGAAAACUUGGAAGCUGAUUGUAAACAAUUGAAGUGUGAGACAUCAGCCAAACAAAUAGUUUCAGCCACAGACACAACAAAACAACAUUCUCAGGAUAAAGAAGUAUUUAGUACUCAAACGGAGGACGCUAAAGUUUCAUCAAAAAGUGGCACUAAACAAACCAGUAAUUCGACUGUUCCAAGUUCGUCUGAGGAAACAGUUCAGACAACACAGCAAAGCACAAAAGCAGCAGGAAUAAAGAAAGACAAAUUUCAAAAAGAGAAAGCUGGAGAAAGUCAGCAGUCUUGCCAGGAAAGCGUAAAACGUGAAAGUGAAGUUGCUGCAAACGUAGAGGAAUCGUCCAAUGUUCCUUCCGCCGAAGAACUAAAACAGUUAAAAAGGAGAUCAAGUGUAAUCAGAAGGAAAAGUUCAGUUGGAAUUAUGGCGCCUGAAGUACCUUCCGCACUUCCAGUGUUUGUGAAACCACUGCGUUCCGUCGAAUGCGAACCUGGAGAUAACGCAAGUUUUGAAUGUGUGACUGAAUCUCCUGUGAUCAUUACCUGGCUGAAAGGGAAUCGACCCUUGGAUGAUACCUUGGCCGAUCGCGUAAAAAUAACUUCCAAAGACAAUAAACAUUCUCUGACUCUUUUAAAUUGUCGAGAUGAAGACUCUGGUCUUUACACGGCAAAAAUUACAAAUGAAGCAUUUGCAGUUUCCACAUGCUGUGCAGUUCUUACCAUUCAUGAACUCACGGCCGAGGAGCGUCAAAAGAAAAUGGAAGAACUCAACAGUCCGCAUUUCUUCGUCAAAUUUCAUGACACUGAGCUUCUUAAAGACACGCGAGUGUCUUUCAUGUUCGUUGUAAAGGGAAAGCCGGAACCAAAGCUGACAUUUUAUCACGAUGGGAUGAUUUUACAAGAAGAAACUGAGAGAACUAAAAUCCUGAAACAGCCAGAUGAUACGUAUGAAUUUUGUAUCGAAAAAAUCUCCGACGAUGAUGCAGGAGAGUAUAAAGUAGUGGCUGAAAACAAGUAUGGCAAACAAGAAGUCACCGCAAAAGUGAAAGUGGUUGAUGAGAAGGAAUUGUUCAAGGGAAUUGAAGGAAAGCGUUUGCUAAAUCCAGGCGAAGAACCACAAUUUGAUUUUUACCUCAACGGUCGAGCCUUUACUCCAGAUGAAAAACUCAGAGUUAUGUUUAGAGAAGAAGAGGACACUCUGGCUUUGGUUUUCCAACACGUCACGCCCGAGGAUGCCGGUCUGUACAGCGUUAUUGCACAGACCAGCGGUGGUAAAAUAUCGUGUUCUGCAGAGUUGACUGUUCAAGGGGCAAUUCAUCAAUUGCUCAAGGAACCAUGUCCCCCAACUAUUACGGCCGAGUUAGCUGAUACCGAAGUUGGAGUCGGUGGCUCAGCAAUGAUGGAACUUAAGGUUUCAGGGUACCCCAAACCUCAAGUCUCUUGGUAUAAGAACGGCAAGGAAGAAAUCGUAGCCGGUGGCAGAUUUAGGUUCCUUUACGAAGACGAAGAGUCUAUCGCCUUAAUUAUCAAAAACGUCACAAAGGAGGAUGCCGGAACGUAUGUGGUGAAAGCUGUGAAUGACUUGGGUCAAGUUGAGACGAAAGGUCGUUUAAUUGUCAAAGCACCCCCACGAUUUGUGAAAAAGAUGGUUGACAUGGCAUGCAUGACUGAAGAGAAAUUGGCCAUGGAAGUUAUUGUGGAAGGAAGCCCAAAACCGGAAGUCAAAUGGUACAAGGAUGGUCAGCUAAUUAUUGCAUCAGAAAGAAUCAAAUUUACCGAACUCGAGGAUGGAAGAUUUCAAAUUACAAUCGAACGAAUUACUUUGGAGGACAGUGGGUCAUAUUCGGUUGUUGCAUCGAACGCUAUUGGUCAAAUGAGCGAAUUUUGGAAACUCGUGGCACAACAGCCAGCAAAAAUUAUCCGAAAAUUGCCAACCGAAUACACUACGGACCUUGGAACCAAGGGAAAUCAACUCAAUUUCUCCGUCCAAGGCGUCCCUGAACCCACUGUCACGUGUUCAUCAUCAGCGGGAAAACAAUUAAAGGUCGAUAGCUUGGGUGGAGGAGAAUAUCGCGUAAACUUUGACUGCACGGAGAGACAAAAUAUAAAAGUGAAGGCCGAAGCCAAGAACGAUUUUGGCACUGACUCCUGCGAAUGUCAAGUGUAUGUAAGAAGAAGUGCGCAAAUUGUGUCAAAGUUGCAAAACAUUGAGGCAAAAGAGGGCGAGGACGUGACGUUGAAAGUCAAGGUCGACUCGUACCCUAAACCAAGUAAAUUAAACUGGUUCAUUGAUGGCCUCGCGAUAUCUGGCAAAAAAUAUGAGCAAUCAGAAUCUGGGGAUGAGUACAGCCUCAAAAUUAAGAGUAUCGAACGAAAGGAUGACAGUAAUAAACUGAAUGUGCAAGUUCAAGUCGAAAAUGAAUUGGGGAAAGACGAAUGUUCCGCAUCAAUCACAAUUAAAUCAAAACCAAAACUGAAGAAAGGACUCGAUGCAAAAUAUCGUUUGGUCGAGAGUUCAAAAAAUCAAGAGCUUAAUGUUGAAGUUGACGGUGCAACGUUCCCAGAACCGAAAGGAACUUGGUAUCACAAUGGGAAAGAAGUUAAUGCUGAUGCACGAAUAAAAAUUGCAAAAAAAUCGAGCGAAACGUACAGUUUAACGUUCAAUGUAAUCAAGUACGAGGAUGCUGGAGAGUGGAGCUUUAAAGCUGAAAACGAAGUUGGGGAGGUUUGGAGCAAGACGACCAUUAUUGUUGAAGGAAAGCCAAUUUUCAAGAAAGGACUCCCGGAACAGUUGGAAGUUAUCGUAUCUGAAAAAAUGGAAAUUGAUGUCAUGGUCCAAGACUUUUGCGAAGAAAACGUCAAAAUUACAUGGACCAUGGAUUCGGACAUUAAACUACAGUCUAGCGAAGUUUACAAUAAAAAUGAAAAUAGUGUCGCAUCAAAGAUAGUUUUUGUUCCUACAAACGGAUGCCAAAAAUUAACUGUGACAGCAACCAAUAAGCACGGAGAAACUGAAACGAGAUCGGAGCUUAUACAAGUCAACUUAAUGCCACCCGUAAUCAAAAAGCCUCUGGAAAAGGAAAUAUUUUUCAAAGAUGGCCAGAAAGAUGUUCGAAUCAAAAUCGAGGUCGACGGAUCGCCACCUCCUAAACUUACGUGGUCUAAAAACGGAGAACCGAUUCCUCAACAGAGCACAAAUGAACUUAUCAUUCCUGUAUUUUCUGCAGCCAAUGUUGGACAGUACAACGUCGAAGCUGUCAAUGUUGCUGGAUCUGCGUCAACCGCUGGUUCGAUUAAAAUGCUGCAAACUAAGCCUUCAUUUACAAAGGGUCUCGAGCCUUCAUACGUCAAGAACGAGUUAGACGAUCUCGUGCUAAGCGUUGACGUGGACGGUUCCCCGUUGCCAACCGUCGUCUGGAUGAAGGACGGUAUCCCACUCGAUCCCGCAAGUGACCCCAGAGUCAGCAUUACCAAUGAAGAUGGAAAGAGCACCCUAAGAGUGAAGAAAGUUGAUCCUAAAGACAAAGGACGUUACACUGUAACUCUCAAAAAUCCAAAUGGAACUUGUGAAUCCAGCACCAAUGUUGGGGUUAAACCGACUCCUCGAGCUCCACUUCUCGUCGACCCAUUGGAAUAUCCAAAGGACAUCAACAAGAAGGAAAGGCUCCAGAUUAAAACUAAAAUUGAUGGAGAGCCAAUGCCCACAGUGACAUUCCUUCAUAACGGAAAGCCAAUGCAACCUCAUCUGUGGAAAGUUAAUCCGGACGGCACAGUCGUUUUGACAGUGGACAAUGUGCAAGCAGAAGACCAAGGGGUGUACACAAUCCAACUGGAGAACGAGGCCGGAGUAAAAAAGGUUGACACUGAACCAAUUAAUGUCCAUGAGCCUCCACAACGCCCAGGCAUAGAACCACCUUUGGGACCCCAGAAAGUUGUUGAAGGGUUGCCCUUUACUUUCUCUGCUACGCUAAAAGGCUAUCCACCCCCCGAACUCAGUCUGGAGAAAGAUGGAGAUGAGCUAAAAGACAUCAAAUACGACAAGGAUAAAAAGCACUUUGAAUACGGUAAACCUAGUGCAAAACCAAGUGAUGCGGGCGUCUAUAAAUUGACUGCAAAAAAUGCAAGUGGCCAAGUUGCUUCUGAAGGGAAACUUGAAGUUGUCCCUAGAGUGAAAGAAGGACCAACUUAUGAACCAAAGUUUAGAACCGAACUUUGCGACAAAACUGUUGAUGAAGGAAAUGAAUUACUUCUCAUGGCAAAAGUGGAUGGAAAUCCUAUGCCUACAAUUCGAUGGGCAUUUAAUGGAUCGCCGCUGGAUCCUGCAAAAUUUCCGCAGACAUUCGAUGGAGAAAAGGCUAUUUUGAGAGUGCCUGUUGCUGAAAGGGAGCACCAAGGAGUGUACAAGUGCAUUUUGGAGAAUGACGAAGGCAAAGCAGAAUCAGCGUCCAAUGUCACAAUCAACAAGGUUUAUCGACCUCCAAGCUUUGUUCAAAAGUUUACAGAUCAGGAACAGAUACCGACAUGUGAUUGCAAAUUUGGUGCUCGAAUCAGUGGCAUACCGACGCCUACCGCACAAUUUUUCAAAAAUGGAACCGAAAUAUUCCCAGGAGAAAAGUACAAGAUUAAACAAGAGGGCGAUUUAGUUCAGCUCUAUGUUAAAGAUUGUGGAGAAAGUGAUAAAGGGGUGUACACGUGUCGGUUGACCAAUAAUCAAGGAACUGCAGAGUGCAAGGCGAAAUUAGACGUUGUUAAAGAAAUAUCUCAUAAACCACGAGGAGAAAUUCCAUACUUUCUCAAAACAAUUGGAAAUACCGAAGUUUAUCCUGGCAUGCUUGCAAAGUUCACGGCAUGCGUGGGAGGCUUUCCAAAUCCAGAGUUUGAAUUUUAUCGGGGAACAAGUAAACUUUAUGAAUCAGAUCGGAUAAAAUUUGAACGAGAUGGAGCAGGAGCAGGGCUACUCAGAUUGAUUAUUAAAGACGUUGAUAUUGGAGAUUUGGCCGACUACACUCUCAAAAUCUGGAAUGAGCAUGGAGAUGCGGAAUGCUCGGCGUAUUUGAAGUUUGACAGCCUUUCUGAUUUCAACAAGCAAAAACUUGGCGAUCUUUACUCUGGAUAUGAAGAUACAAGACCAACAGCAAUUCCUAAUCGUCCAUUGAUUACAAAUAUGACACCGAAACGUAUGACGCUGAAAUGGGACCCAUGUCUUCCUCAUGUUUCACGAGUACCAUGCACAUAUUUGGUAGAAAUGUGUCCAGUUAACCAACCUGACGAUUGGAGCACUCUUUACAAAGGCCUCAAGAACAAUUAUUGCGAUAUUGAAUUCCCAAACCCUAACCUUGACUAUAAAUAUCGAAUCAGGGUCGAAUGGGGUCAGAAUCAUGUCAGCGAUCCAAGCCCAUACGCAAUUACGAUGAGAAACAAAUUCGACACCCGUCCCCCACAAUGGAAACCAAUGCUAGUUCCCAGCAUUCCGCGUGCGUAUGAUCUCACUCGUCCACCACACGAGGGAUACACACACGCUCCAAGAUUUUUAAACAAAGACCAAGACUACCAAUAUGCAGAGCUUGGUCAUCCUUCCAGUGUUCACUUUGCAGUUUAUGGAUUUCCUCGGCCUACCCUCAAGUUUUACAAGGAUGGAAAAGAAUUCCAUCCUGAACACACAUAUUUAGACAAUGGGCUUAUCACACUAUUUAUUAACAGAAUGACGGAUGAUCUUGAAGGUGAAUGGGAAUGUGAGGCUAAAAAUCCAAUUGGGAUUGCAACACAAAAAGUGUGUCUUCGUCGAGCCCACCAUCCAAGAUUCAUUUCCAGACCACAAGAAGUGUAUGCCAUGAGUCGAAGGAAUGUAAAAAUAUCCGCAAGAAUAUACGGCAUUCCAGUUCCCGAUAUAAAAAUUUACAAAGAUUGGCACCUACUUCCCCUCACGUCAGAAACGCGUGUCAGACUUCUGACGGUGGAUGUUGACCCUAAUACGAUCGAUGUCUUUGUUUCCAUUGAAGAGGCCAUGACGCGAGAUGAGGGACUUUACAGCAUUGUUGCGACGAAUGUUGCUGGAAGCAUUCACAGCUCUGCCAUGAUUCAUGUAGAAGAAUCAGAGUCGGAUUAUUACUUUUUGAGCAAUUUGAAGGGGAAAGAUAUCAGAUUUCGAAAUAUCAAUGUUAGAAAUUAUUAUGAUUUUGGUGAUGAAAUUGGAAGAGGAACACAGGCAAUUCAUCAUCACGUUGUUGAACGUUCUAGUGGUGGAAGUUAUGCCAGCAAAACUAUGAUCACAAGAUAUGAUCCAAGAAGAAAAGAGUGGGUGGAAAAUGAGUACAAUAUCUGGAAUGGUCUUAAUCAUCGCUAUAUUAGCCGAUUACAUGAUGCUUUUUAUCAUGACGAUACUUAUAUUUUAAUCUCUGACAUAUGUACCGGGGGCGAUAUUCUUCACGGAUUGAUUUCCAGAGACACUUUUACUGAAUAUGAUAUUUGUUAUUUUAUCCGACAACUUCUAGAAGGUCUUGAAUAUCUUCAUGUUCAAAAUCACAUGGCACAUCUCAGUUUAACACCUCUGGAUCUACUUUUGACUCAUAUCAAUAGUAGCACAUUGCGAAUAAUUGAUUUUAGCCUGUCGAGGAAAUACUUUAAUAGAUCUUUAGAAUAUGGUCAUCCAGAAUAUGUUGCACCCGAAAUUGUGAGGGGCGAAAAAUAUGUUGGGCCUUGGAGUGACAUGUGGGCAGUUGGUAUUAUCACGUACGUGUUGCUCUCAGGACAUAGUCCUUUCUUGGGUUUAAAUGACAGAGAAACUUUGGAAAACGUUAAAAAUGGGUCUUGGAGUUUCGGUGAUAGAUUUGCACUCAUUUCGGAUACAGCCCAAGAUUUUAUUAAACGGCUUUUGAUGUACGAGUUUAAGGAAAGAAUGGACAUUGAAAAGGCUUUGGCCCAUCCUUGGUUUCACAAGAUUCACAAGGAACACACCCAUCUUCCCAAUAUUCUUCGUGAUGAACACUCUAGUUACUAUUAUAAACUAAAAGCUUGGAAUGAUAACGCGUCAUGCAGAACAAUAUUUAGAAGAAAUCCAUUGGAGACUGCUUAUACUGAUCCUUCGAGGAUGGUGUAUCCACCAAAUUAUAACGACGAUGAUGACUUCAAAUUACCUUUGCCAGUUAUUGACCAGUUAAAACUCAAUGGAUAUCCGAGACCUGAAAUUGAUGAAUUCACCAGCGAAUCACACUAUCAAUCUGGAGAUGAAACGUAUUUGUUACAGCUUCGUGAUACCGACUUUCCGGCGAGGCUGCGUCAAUACAUGAAAGUUGCUGCUUCACACAGUCCAUCAUUUCAAUUUCAAGUGUAUAACAACUACUGCGACCGAAACAUACCGGUCGUCCGAGAGAGGCGUAAAUUUUGUGACAUUAACGACGAAGAGGUGGACGAUGAGAAAAAGAAUCGAAUUUCGGAUAAUGGUCCAUGGAACAAUGCAAACAAUCGAAGGUUGCGUCACGAAAUUGGAAAUCGUUUAGAAUUUCAGGCUGAAGCGGAUGCCUUGCGAUCAAUGAAAAUUGACGGAAAAGAGCCCGUGUUCAGAGAAAAACCAAAUAUUCAAGUCAGCGUGCGUUUGGGACAGGAAAUCACAAUUAAGGCCGUGGCUGCAGGAGAUCCUGCUCCUGGAAUUCAAUGGUUCAAGAACGACAUGAUGGUCCUCGCACCUGGAGAUAACCGAGAGAUUGAAGAGGAAAAUGGUUGUUCGACUCUACGAUUUAAGGAAAUUCGAGAGACGGACCUAACCAACUAUAAAAUCGUAGCAAGGAAUAAGUCUGGUCAAUUGAUUUCGCGAUUCCGCUUAAGGUUAUCAGACGAGCCCCAAGGAGACCCCGUACCUGAAACGAUAAAUUAUGAAGUCGAAUCAUCUCCAGUGAAUCUUUCCACGGAUGAAAUAAAGGUCACGUCUCCCUCUCAGCUACUCACUCAUGGAAAAUUCGGCUCUGUGAUAUUAGUAGAAAAUUCACGACUACUCAAAGUGGCAACAGAACUCGAGUUCAAGACUUCGAAGAUACUUGCCCACACAAAUUUAUUUAAUAUUCACCAAGCGACUCAGAUCGGAAAUAGUGUUCUCUUGGAAGAUAAUUCCCUUAAUUUCGAUUCCUCUUCCAAUCUACUUCAUUACGUGUCUUCCCUCGACUCGUACUCGGAGCAGCUCCUCAUGAACCUUGUCUCUCAAAUUCUUGAUGGUCUUCAGUAUUUGCAUUGGCAAGGCUUGGCUCUGCUCAAUCUGGAGCCAGGAAAUGUCCUCGUCACCAAAAACCAGAAAAUUAAACUAGUCGACUUUUCAGCAGCACAACCAGUCCUUAAAAUUGGAAGUAGAGUAGACUGCUUAACCGAACUGGAAUUUACACCUCCUGAAGUGUUAAAUGGAGAAUCUCAAGUUAUGCACCAAACGGAUACGUGGAAUGUUGGUCUGCUAGUUUACAUAAUGCUUAGCGGAGUGAGUCCAUUCUUAGGCGAGACAGAUGAGGAUACAAAACAAAACAUUACGUAUGUCAGAUUUCGAUUUGAACAUUUGCACAAAAACGUCAGUCAAGAGGCAACACGUCUGUUAAUGCUCAUCUUUAAACGAAGUCCACUCAAACGACCCACGGCAGAUGAGUGCUUUGAGCAUCGUUGGUUCCAACUUAGUAGUUCACUUCAGAAAAAAAGAGAAGCUGCCGUUUUUGAUACUACCAAAAUUAAAGAAUACUAUGCAAAUUAUUUGGAGAAGAGGAAAUCAAAACUGGCAGAAUCCAAUCUUCAAGACUUUACUUCGAAAUAUGGAUCGGUUGAAUAAUUUAAAAACAUAUUCUUUAUCGUUUAAAAAAAUCAUCUUAUCAUAAUGAUGAUUUACGUCAUUUUAUAAAAUAUAUUCAUUAUUUGAAAUAUCAAAAAAUCUCCAAAAAUAAAUAAACAUUUAACAAUGAG